AUGCUGAUGGAUCAGGUUCCACACAACCUUACCAGUUAUCCCGGCAGAGGACUAGGUCUACUUGAUCACGAUGUCGGACACGGCACGGCUUUGGAGAAAAUGCUUCGAAUAUUUGAUCAAAAGAUUUCAAUGUACAAGCUGAAAGAUGUAACUCGAAUUAAUUUUUCAACCUCCGUAUUCUCAGCGGGAAUAUUCGACAAUAAAGGUGGCAACCUAACUCUUGCCGAUGCUGGAGUUAAUCUAUUCAUUCCACCUGGAGCAAUUCCUCCCAGAACCAGAAAGGAGAUAUAUAUCUACUUAGAUCAAAAUGCACACUUGAAACUUCAAAAGAAAAAUGAGACACGAAUCUCUCCCAUUGUUCAUUGUGGGCCACCGGGAACAUCGUUUGAGGCGCCAUUCGUUCUCUCGUUUCCACACUGUGCCGAAAAUGAAAAUCAAUGGACGUUUUUAGGGAUGAUUAAAGGUUCCAGUGACUCGGGUGCCCACUGGCAGAAUAUUAGUGAUGAUCGUGAUGGAAUAAGCUUUGUUCAGGGAGGUCACUGCUUCAUUAUGGUCAAUCAUUUCACUACCUUUACAUUCAAAGGGGCCACGCGACAGCAAGAGGGUUCUAAACUCAUCAAUUUUUGCACAUUUGGCAAGUGUUACGACAGAAGUAACUCAUAUUGUUUUAACGUUCGUGCCUGGAAUCCUCAUGAUAAAGUUGCUGUACUGGCAGAACAGCACGAACUUCAGGAAACUCGUUUAGAUUCAAUUAAAACAUUGAGUGUACAAAAUACUGGCAAAGACGUAAGAGUGUUUCUCAAAAACCUGAAAGAAGGAUGGACAUCGGAAUAUGAAAAUGAAAUGAAAAUAAGCUAUGAAGAAUUAUGGAACGAACUAGAAGAAGGUAGCACACCACCAUCUUGUCGAUUUCGUCUCAAAACCAAAGAUUCACUACAAAGUGAUUCUGUGUACUGUAGAGUGAAAAGCAAACAAGAAGGUCGCAAAAAAGAAAUAAGUCUGGAAGUAAAUCCUGUUACCUCGCAAAUUCAACAGAAUAUGAAUGUGCUGGCAAUGGAAAGUCUACACCCAAGAGGAAGUGAAGUUGACUUAUUAGCAUGCAGAAGAAUGUUUGGCGCUAUGGAUGUUUACGAACUCCCAGAGGACGUCUGCUACAAACUUUGCUCGGAACUGAACAUCAAAGAAGCAAACCUUCGUGACUGGAGGGGUUUAGCUGAACAACUUAAUAUGGAUAGCCAAGUAAUUGAAAACUUAGACAAAUUUACGAAAAGUCCAACCGUCUAUCUGUUUGAAAUUCUCAAUAUCAUUUCAGCCCCUGGAGAGUUUUGCAAGAACCUUGGCGAAAAACUAAAAUCAGCGAAAAUUGAAUCAGCCUAUAAAAACAUAAAGCCAUAUAUAAAAUCCCAGUAAAAUACAGAGAAGAAUUUAAAUGCU